GAAGAAAGGCGAAAUAGCGAGGGGAAAUGGGGGUGAAUUCACUGGCGGUGCGCGCAGUGGUGGGAGUGCUCACGAUGAUGGGAGGGAUAGGGUUUAUGGGGAUCGCCGAAGGGGGCACAUGGUGCGUGGCGGUGAGCUCCGCUACGGCUAAGGCUUUGCAGGUGGCGCUGGAUUACGCCUGCGGGCCUGGAGGUGCCGAUUGCGUUCCGAUCCAGAUCGACGGCCUCUGCUAUCUCCCUAACUCUCUGGCUGCUCACGCCUCCUAUGCGUUCAACAGCUGCUUCCAGCGCUCCGGACAGGCGCCCGGGUCUUGUGACUUCGCCGGCACCGCCACCACCUCCAUCACCGACCCUAGUUAUGGAUCUUGCACGUACCCAUCAUCUCGCAGAAAUGCUGGAGGCUCUAUGCCAAGUUCUCCAAAUGAAUCCAACAACACCAAUACCCCGGAAAACUCACCGUUAACACCCAGCAUCGGUGGUGCCAAUGGCGGUUUUGCACCCGGCUUUGGUCCUCCAUCUCCCUUCACUGAUGAUACUUCAUGGUCUCCUCCUCUAAUUCACUCCAUUCGCUUAUAUGCUGCCUCCUUAUGUUUCUUUCUACUUGUGUUUUGAAGCCGGUGAUGCGCCAAUUUUUUUGGUUGUUUUUGAAGAGUUGGUUGAUAUCAAGUUUAUUGUAGGUUUGUAGCUUUCAGUCAUUUUUUUCAAUUAAGAAUGCUUUAUCUUUGAACAGAGUUUCCUAUCCUGCUACUCUUGUAAAUAAUGCAUGCAAUUUAACUGGGUGCUUGUGGACUAGCUCAGUAGCACUACUACAAGGUAAAGAAAUUAUUCAUUUUAA